CAAGCAGCGUUGGCCCAAAGCAGGACUGCUGAGGCCCAAAAGCCACCCACAAGUCUAAGGCACCUGCUGGCGGGGACCCACAGGAAAGGGGCAGAAGAAGCCCAGCACAUCUGGGAAGAGGAGCAAAAUCAAAAUCAAGUGAGAAAAUUGCAAGUUCCCAAGAAAAUUCUCCUGAAUGCUGACCUUCGUCAGGAGGCACUGAGAAUGAGCUGAGAGUAGAGCUCCGUGAUCAGUGAGACAUCUCAGAAGCAGGAGCUGCAAAGUUCCAGAUAAGGACGUGGAAGCACUGAUUCAACCUUGCCUUGGGAACAAGAUUUUGCUCCCCUGCAGACACCAACUAAUCUCUUCAAAGGUUUUGGUUUUAUUACUAAAGAGUGAGAUAUCCAGAACCCAAAGAGCGUGUACAACAAGAACCAGAGGCAGGAUCAUUCUGUAUAGAGACUAAAGAACCAUUUCUUUGUUGUCUCUAGUGGUGAACUUGCAAAACAAAUCAAAAUUUCCAGAUUGCCACUAAUUCAGGAUAAGUGUAUUUUAUUUGCAAAGAAAGCAUGGAUUCUCUAAUGAUACAUGGUUUUGUCCAAAUGUGGACUAGGGAUGCCGGGAUGUCUAAGUCAAAAGAAGCAUUCAUUGAAACAGUGGAUGGAAAGAAGGUUAAAUUGGUGAUCUACCUCAAAAGUGGAGGACACACAACUGUACAGCUAAGCAAUAAUAUUAAAAAUGUGUUCCAUCGAUCUUACGGAGACAACCAAGAACACCUGCAUUUAAUUUUCAAAAAUAAUAACUUAUUGUUUAUUGAAAAAUUAUCUUCCACAGAUGCCAAAGAAUUGAAGAGAUUCCUGGACAAAGUCCAUCAAAAGAGGCUUCAGCCAUCCCUGGAACCUAAUAGUGAUGUGAGUAUCACUACCAGUACAACAAAACAGAAGAAGAACAAAACCUCACCUAGCAAAGUGUGUAAGAAGUCAGAUAGUGAAUCUUUUGAGACAGGAGAAGGAAACGUAGUGCCUAACCAUCAGGCUAUGCCUUUGUUUACAUCAAUAGCAUCAACACUUACCCACGGAGAGUUAGAAAUUCAGUGUGAGAAGAGAAAGCUAUCAUCUGAUUCAGAGAUGAAUCAAAUCUUCAUGGGCGGGAAUGAAUCUGUAAUACUUAAGAAAUCCAAGAGAAAUCCCUUUGGGUAUGGAAACUACAGUGUGAAGAAAGAAUGGAGAAAGAAUAAGAUACUGGGCUUUAAACCUUCAUUUAAAUUCAAGUCUACUGGGAACGCUUACCUAGAUGGCAUUGGUCUUCUCCAUACUCUCAGUGAGAAAAUACACUUGGCACUUCUUUCAGAUCCAAAGAAUAAUGAGGAUGAGCCUGCAUGGGAAGGAUUUGAGAUCACCUUAGAUAUUUACCCAGAGAAACUAUGGCAAGGCCUCCCCAAUUUGGGAAACACUUGUUAUAUGAAUGCAGUUUUGCAGUCCCUAUUUUCAAUUCCACCUUUUGCUAAUGAUUUACUCAGUUGGGGUUUCCCAUGGGGUAAAUCUUCCCUUGAUGCUCUUAGCUUGUGCUUGGCACAGCUGCUUGCUUUGAAAGAUAUUUACAAUGUCAAAAUUAAGGAGAGGUUGCUCGUGAAUAUUAAAACAGCCCUUUCAGCAGUUGCAGGGAUAUAUUCUGACAACGUACAGAAUGAUGCUCAUGAGUUUCUAGGUCACUGUUUAGAUCAGAUGAAAGAGAAUGUGGAGAAUUUCAACAACAUUGAGAAGACAGAAAGUAAAUCUGGAGAAGAAAAUUCACCUCAACAGGUUUUUGCUGGCAGUGCUGUCACCGGUGUGUUCUCUUGCCCCGUUAUCACUAAUUUCGAGUUUGAGUUGCUGUCCUCUAUUAUUUGUAAAACCUGUGGUCAUGUUGUUCUCAAGACAGAGCAGAGUAAUUAUCUCUCGGUCAACCUUCCCCAAGGACCAAAAGCACAUCCUUUGUCUAUUCAGUCUACUUUUGACCUUUUUUUUAAAGCAGAAGAGCUUGAGUAUACAUGUGAGAAGUGUGAGCACAAGCGUUCCAUUGCUGUGCACAAAUUCAGUAGGCUCCCCAGGGUCCUCAUUGUUCAUCUGAAACGCUAUAACUUUAAUGAGUUUUGGUCAUUAAGGAAAGAUGACCGAGAAGUUGUUAUUUCCAAAUAUUUACAUUUGUCUUCUCUUUGCAAUGGAAAUACCAAACCGCCUCUUCCCUUGGCCAAGAAUAUACGUGUUAGGGAUUUGCAAGUCUUAAAAAUCUUUCGAAAGAUGACUUCUAAAGCUGCCUUUUUCUCGAAAAUCUCAAGGAAGUUAGCCGCAAAAUCCAAAGAUUUUCUGGCUCCCCAUUUUGGAUCAACCAAAGCAUCUGAGCCACAGAAAGGUCAGACUCCCCAUAAAGGGUCAAGCAGAGAAGAGCAGCAAGAACACCUGGAAAAAUAUUCUAAACUAAACACAAUGGAGACCAAAUUGGUUAAUGGAAGAGUUGGAGCAAACACUGAGAAAGGGCUACUAGCAGCUGGUUCAGUGAUAAAUGGGAAAGACCCCUCCCUUUCUCUGAUCCAUGAAGGUGAAGGUGAAUCCACCAGUAUCCCAGGCACCUGUCCUGCAGAAGUUUAUCUUAAAGAAGUACUUGAAAAUCCUAAACCAAAGAAAUGUGAGGAAAAGAAUAUAUUUGAAGAGUUAAAUUGUGAGAAUUUUACUGAGACUACCAAAGAUUUUCAUGAAGACGAAAUCAAAAAAGUGGCUGAACAGAAACGCCAGCAAGAGGGGAUGAGACUCUUUGAAGAAGUCUUUCGGGAGUCCCUACUUCAAAACUGUCCAGAGCUAGACUCCCUGUGCAGCAUGGAGAACCUCAGAAGACCUGCGGACUGUAGUUAUCAGGAUGCCAACGGGAGUUCCCUAGGUGCCUCGGGUUCCAGUAAAAACCCCAGAAACAAAGACUUUUUAGAUCUAGGGAAGGCAGGAAAAGCAUCCGCUGAAAAGACAAAUGGAAAUCCUGAGGGAGAUAAGCAUGCCUAUCGGCUCAUCGGUGUUGUCAGCCAUCUUGGGAAGACCCCAAAUUCAGGCCAUUAUAUCAGUGAUGCCUAUGACUUUGAGAGGCAAGUUUGGUUCACAUACAAUGAUCUGCAGGUAUCAAGUAUCCAAGAGGGUCCAAUGCAGGCAGCUAGGCUUUGCACUGGGUACAUCUUUUUUUACAUGCACAAUGAGAUCUUUAAAAAGCUAUUGGGAAGAAAACAGAACUUCAAGUCUCGUCAUGCAAGGACAAGGGACACCUAUGAGCAGAAAUAAGAGGAACACAUUCCUGGUUGCACAAAUCUGCUUGGCAGCCAUAUUGGCUACUGUUUCCUCCAUGGGACAAAAACUCUGAACUGUAGCCAAAGAAGUGGAAGCAGUCAGCACCCAGGACCAAAGUUAAAACAGAAACACUUAAGAGAAAAUCUCUGUUCUAACCCCGGUAACACACCCCUCAUCCCCACACUUCUGGCUAAUUAAGCAUUCUUUUUCUUACUAGAAUAGAACCUACUAGAAUAGAAACAUGCUUCCGUAUUCUAACGUAGUAGAUUUUAACUGGUUCUCUAACCAGAUGUAUCAGGAACAUGGACUAACAUGUUAGAAAUACAAAUUCUUGAAUUCCACCACGUAACUGCAGAUUCAGAAAAUCUGGGGUGAUAGAGCAAUUUGAUUUGAGAUUCUGAUACUUGAUAAAGCUGAACAACUGCUGUGGGGUAUAGCGUAUCACAGUGUAUGUUGCAGUUGUAUAUGUGAUUUACUUAUAUUAAUAAUUUGUAAAGGGACAUGAUCGCAUCUUUUGUUUCUUCAUGUAUGACUUUACACGCACAAUCGCUUAUCUGCUGAGCAUACUCAGUAAUUUAGUGGGAAAAAAUAGUUUCUGGCAAUAAUGAAAGUUCCUGGCAAUGAAUGUAAACAGUUACAGAGGGUCCUGGCAAUGAAGAAUUAGUUGCUGGGAUCCUGGCAAUAAACUGUGAAUGGAGCCGGUAAUUUACAAAUCCUCUAGAUGAGAGUGAAUGCCAGGUCAGAUCACCAAAUUGUUUGCUAAACUGUCCCUUAAUGCCAAAGGGGGCUUCUGUGCCCUCAAGCUUAAAUAGGAUGGAGCAGUUGACUUUAUCCUCAAGAAAUUGAUCCACGGUUCCUGUCUGUGUGCUAGCAAGCUGUUCUUGGAGAUCGGAGCCCACUGUGUCAUUUUGGUCUGCUCAGAGGGGCUCUCACAGUCUCUCAAAAGAAUAUUGUUUAACAAAACUUUAUCUGAAGCCUUGAACAGUCCUCUGCAUUCAAGAUUACAAAGCUGAUUCCAGAUUUCUUUUAUUCCUUCCAUGUGGAAAGAAUACAUGCUUCAAAGGACUUGUAGGAUUUGAAAGUCUUACUUGUUACUGACUUGUUGAUACUAUUAUGUGUACUAUUAUGUGUACUUGGAGAUGACCUGCCUCUCGGUAAAAGUUCCCUGGAUCCAGGGCUGGUCAUACGCUGUUGGAGCACCAUGUGAUUCAGAGAUUUAGUAAUUCUGUCAUUAAGUAUGCCAUCUCUGAACCUAGCCUUUUCGUGCCUUUGGGGCAGUGACUCUGUAACACCUUGUACCUUUGCUAGGGAUAAAUUAUUUGUACUAAGAGACUUGGUCACAGCACAUGCAGGCAUUGAGUUUUUGGUCCCACCUUUACCAACAUGAAUGCCCCCCCCCUUCCUUGUGUACGGGUCACGGUCCUUAGUACGGCUGUAUUAAUCCAAGAGCUGGCUGAUGCUCUUAAUCCCAGAGGGCUUCAAACAGGUGAACUGGAAUUUUGUAGUGUGGGAAAGUUAGAUAAUGCCCUCUGAGGAGAAAAUCAGAUUCUGAAAUGGGAAUUCUAUUGUUCAGAACACCAUGUAUCUAGAAGGAGGUCUGAAUGGGACCCAAUGAUUGCUGAGGUAGAUAGGGGGAGGACCCUAGAUUGAAUUAAUCACUCUCAUGGAAGAUCGCGUUGCGGGCACAAUGAGAGAUUUGUUCACCUUAUGUAGUGUACCCCAUCAGCCACAGAAGUUGAGGCUAAAGCUGGAGUUACAUUAGAGGAGGGGAGUGAGGUUGCUGUCUCAAUUUCAGGCAUCAAAGCACGAGUUUUUGUAAGAGGGAGGAAGAAGUAGUUUUGUUUUGAAAGAAUAACUAGGGUGCAAGUAGAUUUAAGAGAUUUAGACAUUUUUGGUGUAGGGUGUAGCGUAUUACAUAUUUAGGAUAAGCAGCUCCUCGGCAGGUGCAUUCGCAAAUGCAGGGCACAUUCAUGGGAGAAUAAGCUGGCUGGGUCUCCAUGGGAGGGGAGAAUGUUCUGGACAGACAGCUCGGAUGGAACCCAUCGUGGCCUUGUGACAAAUUCCGAGUGCACUGUGAGUGGCUGUAUACCAUCUACCUGUUACAUUGUUAGUUCAAAUAAA